GCGCCAUCUACCGAGUGAACACGGAAAGGCGAUUUUCGUCUUUCCUUUUCCUGUGAUUAUUUAACAACUGUCAGCUGAAGUUGUAAAUUUUCCUGGAUUUUAUUGAAUAAAACAACAGCAUGGCAGUAAGAUUAUUUUCCAAAUUGAGGGUCCUCCCUGAGAUUAAAGGGGUAACCUAUUCCAGUGCGGCUGCUCCUGCCCUUUCGGAUUUCGACUUGCAGCACAAAACUCCAGUGAUCAGGAAACAGAAGCUCAUUCCGAAGGCGCAAUACGGUGGACGACAUGCCGUAACAAUGCUCCCUGGUGGUGGCAUUGGCCAGGAAUGUAUGGGCUAUGUCAGGGAAAUUUUCAAAUAUAUCGGAGCACCAGUUGACUUUGAGAUUGUGGACAUUGAUCCUACAAUGGACAAUGAUGACGACGUACAGUACGCCAUCACCACUAUCAAGAGGAAUGGUGUUGGCAUCAAGGGUAACAUUGAGACCAAGAGCGAAGCAGCUUACGUCACAUCACGCAACGUCGCGCUCCGCAACGAGCUGGACAUGUAUGCUUACAUCCUCAACUGCAAGUCGUAUCCCGGAAUUGUCUCUAGGCAUAAGGAUAUUGAUGUGGUUAUUAUCAGACAAAACACCGAAGGUGAAUAUGCGAUGUUGGAACACGAAUCAGUUCGCGGAGUCAUAGAGUCGAUGAAGGUGGUCACCGCGAGCAACUCCGAACGGGUCGCAAGGUUCGCGUUCGAAUUCGCCAAAAGGAACGGCAGGAAGAAGGUCACAACGGUACACAAAGCGAACAUAAUGAAGAUAUCUGACGGUCUCUUUCUGGAGACGUCUCGACGCAUGGCCAAGGAGUACCCGGACAUUGAGCACAACGACAUGAUCAUAGACAACUGCUGUAUGCAACUGGUGGCCAAACCCCACCAAUUUGAUGUGAUGCUAAUGACGAACCUCUACGGCUCCAUCGUCUCAAACGUGGUCUGCGGCAUCCUGGGCGGCGCGGGGCUCCUCUCGGGCAGGAACUACGGAGACCACUACGCUGUCUUCGAACCAGGCACCAGGAACACAGGCACCGCAAUCGCAGGCAAAAACGUAGCGAACCCUAUCGCGAUGAUCAACGCCUCGAUCGACAUGCUGGAACAUCUGGGCCAUCAUUUCCACGCGGGCCUGAUCCGUAACGCUGUCAACAAGACUAUCAACGUCGACCGUAUACUGACGCCCGACGUCGGCGGCACCGCUAGUUCUACUGACGUCGUCAACGCCAUUAUAGGUAACAUUGGACAUGAAUAAAUUAGGUAGUGAGGUUAGUUAUGCGUAUUUCUAAUUUGCUACUGCCACAAAAUAAUUAAGAAAAAUGUUUAGGAUUUCGAUGAAUUUGAAAUAAGAAUGAAUCUAUGGUAAAAAUAAAUUCUGAAACAGUUCUGAAAAAUAAACUGAUUCAAAAUCGGAAUGAGAAUUUGAAUUGAAAUGAAACGUUAUAUUUCAAGGACGUCCAUUCAAGAUGGUACAUUCGAAUUGUAAGAAAUAAUGUAUGAAAUUAGAAAUAUGCAUAAAUAUUUUUAAGAACAACAUCAUUGGCGCUAGUAGUUUAGCCAAUUUAGCCCAAGUUUCUGUAUAAACACAACACAUUAUUCAAUAUUUAUAAAUUAUUAUUUACUUUAUACUUUGUACAGUCGGCAAAAAGAAAAAUAAUUCUUAAUGUGUUCCUCCUGUCGGCAAAAUCUGCCUUUAUUUGUUGACUGGACAACGGCAUUAUAGAAUUUUUUAUUGAUCAUUGUAUAAUAGACCAUAGAACACAGUAUUCACAUUUUGUAUUUAUCGUAUGUAAUAAAGAGAUCUUUUUACGUAUGAACAUUAGCUUCAAAAGCAUUUUUGUGUACAAUUUUGUAAUUUAGUUACCAUUAGUGUUGUAUUAGGAAUUUUUAUUUAUUAUUUUUAGUGUUAAAACCUCGAAAUAAAGUGCCGUAUUGUUAA